CAAAGGGGCUCCGACGCUGCAGACGCGGAUAACUGCAGCUCGGGGGCGCGGUAUCAGGAUUCUGGCGAGCCAAUUGCGCACCUUCCCGCCGCAGUACCAACGUGACAGUGUGCUCUGUGUUGCGGUGAAGCGAGCUCGAGCCUGGCCAGGUUCCUUCCGCUUCAAAAACAGCUCCUCCCGCCCGUCCACUCCCUUUCUUCUCCUUCACUCCAGCGCGACCGCCACACAGUCAAACUCUGCAGCCGGCACCGCAGCAACGCCCGAAGAAUCUGCGCAGCGACCCCGCAGCCUCUGGCCCUUUAAAUUCGUCCGCUGCCUCGCCUCCGUCUUCCCUCCACGACACCUCUUCUGCAACCGCAUCUCAGCGACCGCAUAUUCUCUCGCCAUACAUACUCAAUCAACAUCUCUUUCAUCUCCAACUCUCUCCGUCGCCAAAAUGGUUGCGUUCAAGCUCCUCACGGUCGCUGCUGCGCUUGUUAGCGCUGUCGUCGCCACCGAUGACUCCGUCUGCUUCUCUGCAGAGCCAAUCACCGUGACCGUGACCGUCACCGACUGCGGCACUGGCCCUCCGGUCGCUCCCACUCCCCCAGCAUCUUCUGGCUACGUUCCGCCGCCAAUGGAGACCACCUCCUUCAUCUCUGAGGGUCCGACUCCUAGCGGUCCUGCCCCGUCUGGUCCAGUUCCGCCGUCAGGUACCGGUCCAGGCGCUCCGCCGCCGGGCACGUCCGAAGGUACUCCCCCGACCUCUCCAGGCCCGUCGAGCGGCAGCGUCACUCCGUCCGCGUCUCACCCCGGCAGCACCCCGCCGCCGCCGUCCUCGGACCAUCCUCAACCACCCCCGCCAAGCUCGGCUGCCUCGGAGAGCAGCAACUUCGCAGCCGCUCCGACCGCAUACUUUGGUGUGGGUCAGAUGGUUGCCGCUGGGAUGGCGUUGGCUGCCCUGGUCUAAUGCGCAUCGUGUUGGUACCGUCACAAGACACAUGCUGUCGCUACGAUAAUGGCCUUCACUGAUUUGCCUCUCAAACCGUCAUCUCUUC